AUGAUGAUGAUGUGGAUCAUGUGUGUGUUCUUGGUGGUUCCAGCUUUGGCCUCCAGUUCCUGUGAACCAGAUGUGAAGAAUGAAGGAUAUUUGGUUCGGCUCAGUAUUAAAACCGCUCUGGGAGAAAAAGCUUACGUCUGGAAUGACAGUGAGAUGUAUUUCUUCAGAGCUUCACUGGCCUUCGCUAUGAGAACACACACCAAAGAUGAGAGAUAUGAGGUCUCGAACAUCCUGGUGUGUGACGUGACGGAGCGGGUGUCAUUUUGGUUCGUGGUGACAUCUCCAAACAACAGCUCAGAAAUGAUCCCCAAACACAAGGUGGAUCAAGCCAUCAGGAGUUCCAGGAACCGGAUCAAUAACGCCUUCCUGCUGUCGGAUCAGACUCUGGAGUUCGUGGGGAUCAACCCGACGCUGGCGGCUCCGAUUCAUUACGACACUCCGCCGUGGCUCAUCGCGUUCGGGGUGGUGAUGGGAAUCGUGUGCGCCGGCAUCGUGGCUAUGCUCCUGACCACCCUCAUCCAGAGGACACGAUCAAAGAGAAAACACGUCGACGGCGAGCAGGAAAGCGAAGCGACAGGAAACGGAAUUCUGUGCGAGAACCUGGGGGACAAAGACGGACACGAAAACGGCGGGUUCAGCGACGACCGCCUCACCCAGCUGUAACUGCAACAGGAAUAAAAUGUUAAUAAAAUAAAUAUAUAUAUAUAUAUAUAAUAAACCCCUUUUAUCCAGCUAACUAUAGCUACGAUUUUAUGUCUAUAUGUAUGUUUAUAUGUAUCCAAAAGUAUGUGGACGCCCCCCUAAUUCUCCUAUUGCAAACAUGUUUAUACAAUUAAUUAUGUAUCCAAACUUGUGGAAGGUCCUUCAGUGUUCCAGCAUAAAAGACAUGAUUGGACAAGUUGGUUUGACAAGACAGGGCUGAAUCGGAAUGCAGACUGCUUGUCAGAGCGCUAGAUGUCCACAGACACACUCCGAAAUCCUGUAGAAAGCGCUUUCAGAGAACUCCAUAUCCAUCCAUUCAUUCAUCCAUUCAUUCAUUCAUUCAUUUUCUUAUCCGCUUAUCC